UUUCCAGUCUCCGUGUGUGCGCGUCCCGCCGCCGUCGCCCCACACCCCCUUCUCCCCUUUCGCCAACGGGGCCGCCGCCAUGGCCAUGAGACAGACCCCGCUGACGUGCUCUGGGCACACAAGGCCCGUGGUGGACCUAGCCUUUAGCGGCGUCACCCCGUACGGCUACUUCCUCAUCAGCGCCUGCAAGGAUGGUAAGCCUAUGCUGCGUCAGGGCGACACAGGAGACUGGAUUGGCACAUUUCUGGGUCAUAAAGGUGCUGUUUGGGGUGCCACUUUGAACACAGAUGCCACGAAAGCAGCUACAGCAGCAGCAGAUUUUACAGCCAAAGUGUGGGAUGCUGUGUCAGGCGAUGAACUAAUCACAUUGGCUCACAAACACAUUGUCAAAAGCGUGGAUUUUACACAGGAUAGCAAUUAUCUGUUAACAGGUGGACAAGAUAAACUGCUGCGUAUCUACGACUUGAGCAAGCCAGAAGCAGAACCUGAUGUUGUCAGUGGACAUACUUCUGGCAUUAAAAAGGCUUUAUGGAGCAGUGAUGACAAACAGAUUCUUUCAGCUGAUGAUAAAACUGUCCGCCUCUGGGACCGGAGUACCAUGACUGAAGUGAAAGCUCUAAAUGUUGCAAUGUCAGUGAGCAGCAUGGAGUAUGUUCCAGAAGGGCAGAUACUUGUGAUAACCUAUGGGAAGACUAUUGCUUUUCAUAGUGCAGAAACUCUAGAGCAAAUUAAGUCAUUUGAAGCACCUGCUACAAUCAAUUCUGCAUCACUUCACCCUGCAAAAGAAUGUUUGGUUGCAGGUGGUGAAGAUUUUAAACUCUAUAAAUAUGACUAUAAUACAGGAGAAGAAUUAGAAUCUUACAAAGGACACUUUGGUCCAAUUCACUGUGUUAGAUUUAGCCCUGAUGGAGAGUUAUAUGCAAGUGGCUCUGAGGAUGGUACACUACGGCUGUGGCAGACAACAGUAGGGAAGACCUAUGGUCUUUGGAAGUGUGUAGUUCCUGAAGAGGAAAAUGCAGAAGCAGCAAAAGCAAGGACCACCCUUCCAGGAACUGCAGAGGAGGAAAUAGCAGAAGAUCUUCCCUCUGAAAACUCAGAUUCAGUGUACAGCUCAACUCCUGAAGUUAAGGCCUGAUGAUUGCAACUGUUACACAGCGUAUGGACAUACAAAACUAAAUCAAGUGAAGAGUGGUAAACAGCAGCCUUCCAGAGUGUGCUCUCUACAUAAGGCAAAGAUGGGCAGUAAUUGAUGAGAAUGCGGUGGACCUGGCUAGGUGUUGUCUGUAAGAGAACUGAGUAUCCAAAAAAAAAAGUAAACAAACCAAAAGACAAGUAGUAGAGUUUUGCUGUCUCUUUAGCAUGACUGCCUACUGUCUUUUCGAAGAAGUGUGUAAGCCAAAAUCCAGUCUCCAAUUUCAAUUAGACUCAUUGUAGCAUGUUUUCUUUAUUUUGGAGAAGAGAUACAAUGGCUUUUACUUUUUUUUUUCUUGAAAGUUGAAAAGUUUGGCUUUAGUUGAAGAGAAGGGGUUAUGUACUUAAAGUAUUUGGUUCGGUUUUGUUUCAUUGUAUGCAGCUUCUGAACAUUGGACUGUUUUCAGUUGUCUCUAAAUAAAAUGCCUCUCAAAACUUGUAUCCUACUGUUGAGCAUUGGGUCCAUGGAAUGAAAAAGCAACCAAGUUAAUUACGUAAUCCUUUCAAGCAUCUUGGGUUUCUACUAUGAAAGAAAACCAGGAAGAAUGUUUUAGUGUUGUAGAGGGUGGCAAGUUCUUUGAUGUGUAAGCUUUGUAUCUUUUUAUUCUUCAAAGUCUGAAUGUAAACAUGAGUCUCUAAAAUCAAAAACACUGAAACCUCCUACAUUGGACAUGUUGGGUGAACUAUUUUAUGUGAAAAUCUCAAGAGGAUGGCUAUGACUCCAUCUAAAGCUUGGGUUUAGUCCUCCAGCCUGGAUCAACAAAGUUAUUCUUUCAAGGUCACAAAUUGUAUUUUCUUCAUUAAA